GCAGGCGCAGAGGCGAUGCAGCGCGUGGCGGCGGCGGCGGCAGUGUCGGUGUCGUCGCGCGCCAUGUCGGUCCCGGUGCCGCUGCCGCUGUCGGUGCUGGGCACGAUGGAGCUGGGCCGGCGGCUGGACGAGUCCGGCAGCGGGUCGGCCGUGCGGGCCUUCCUCCGCGGGGGGCACCGACACCUGGACACCGCCCUCCUCUACGGGCACGGGCAGUCCGAGGCCAUCCUCGGCCGCCUAGGCCUCGGCCCGGAAGUGAAAAUCGCCACGAAGGCCAACCCUUGGGAGGGGAAUUCCCUGCAUCCCGACAGCCUCCGCUCCCAGCUGGAGACGUCCCUGGAGCGGCUGCAGAGGAGCCAGGUGGACCUGUUCUAUCUGCACGCCCCCGACCACGACACGCCCGUGGAAGAGACGCUGCGGGCCUGCCACCGGCUGCACCAGGAGGGCAAGUUUGUGGAGCUCGGCCUCUCCAACUACGCAUCCUGGGAGGUGGCCGAGAUUUACACCCUCUGCAAGAACAACGGCUGGAUAGUGCCAACGGUGUACCAGGGCAUGUACAAUGCCACCACCCGACAAGUGGAGACCGAACUGCUCCCCUGUCUGAGGCACUUUGGAUUGCGGUUCUACGCUUACAACCCACUGGCCGGGGGCCUGCUGACCGGCAAGUACAAGUAUGAAGACAAGGACACCAGCCAGCCCGCCGGACGGUUCUUCGGAAAUGACUGGGCCGAGGUCUACAGGAAGCGCUUCUGGAGGGAGCAUCACUUCGAAGCUAUCGCUGUAGUGGAGAAAGCCCUGAAGGCGACCUACGGGGCGGAUGCCCCCAGCAUGACUUCCGCUGCCCUUCGCUGGAUGUACCACCAUUCCCAGCUCCAGGGUCCCCUGGGCGACGCCGUCAUCUUGGGCAUGUCUAGCCUGGCGCAGCUGCAGCAGAAUCUGACAGCCGCGGAGGAGGGCCCGCUGGAGCCGCCCGUGGUGGAGGCCUUUGACCGCGCCUGGCACAUGGUGGCACACGAGUGUCCCAACUAUUUCCGCUAAGGCCUGCCCCGGCGUUGGGGGGGCGGGCGGGGUCCCAACCUCGAUUCACCCACUUCCGUACCGUCUUUACCUCCGUUUACCUUCCCUCCACCCUACUCAGAAACAAAACUUUUCUGUGUCACACCCGAACCUCGAUUCACCCACUUCCGUACCGCCUUUACCUCGGUUUACCUUCCCUCCACCCUACUCAGAAAUAAAACUUUUCUGCGUCACA